AUGUAUCUACUCUCGACCGGUGCUCUGUGGUCGGGCUCACGGGCUGGUUCGCUCCAUGCCCACGCUGCGACGCCUCCGCAUGAGCUGGUGGCGGAGAUUGCCUUGCCGAACUCGCGCGAGGACAGAGGCGCUCGGCUUGUCGGGGUCAUGUCGCUGGCAUAUGUGGCGAGGACAUGCUGCAUGUGGGCCGGGGCGGCGUCGGGCGCCGUGGCUGUCUAUGACGUCGAGUCGUACAAGUGCCUUCAUCUGCUCUCGGGCCACACAGCGGCGGUCAACAGCCUCCUGGCCAAGGCCAAGUAUGUGUUCUCGGCCUCGUCCGACUUCUCCGUCGGCAUCUGGGACGCCACAAAGUACGAGCCACGCCAGUUUCUCCGUGGCCACUCCAACUGGGUCCGAUCGCUCGCCCUCACAGGCCUCCAUCUUUGGUCUGCAGGUGACGACGGCACCAUUGUUGUCUGGUCCUCCACAGGCGAGCGGGUCUCGGAUCUUGCUGUUGACGACCCGGUCCACGCCCUUGUCUACACAAAGUUCAACACUGUAUGGACAGGCACGUCCUCUGGCGCCAUUGUCGUCUUUGAUGUCACCUCGCACGCCUGCGUCGCCUCGCUGGAGCCGCUGGCCGGCUGGAUCACAUCACUCACAGCCACCGACCUCCACGUCUGGGCAACCUGUUCCGACGGCACGCUUGCGUUGUACAACGCCAAAUCCCGUGUCUGCCUGGCCUCGAUUUCGGCCGGCUGUGGCGCACUCCUUGCUGCCAUCCCUGCCCCGCUCACCGCCCACGACCGCUCUGUCGGCACCGCCUCGGCCUGGCUCGCUGCCGCCGACGCAUCGGUCACGUUGUGGUCGUGGCUCUCCGAUGCUGUCGCUGAGCGCACCGCCAAGGGUGUCAUCAUGGCGCCGCUUGCUCUGGGCGACCUUGCGUCGUCACCCAACUCGGGCUCGCCGCCGCCGAUCCCGUCGGUGCGCCAGUCGUCGCUCCGCGCCAUGGCCGCCUCCGAGGCUGCCCGCGAGGCUGCAGAAGCGGCGCACGCCAACGCUGAGGCCCGUGUCGCUGUCGCCAACCGCGAGAUGCGCUCGCAGCUGCGGGCCGUCACCCAGGCUCACGCCAUUGAGAAGGAUGGACUCACGACCCGCAUCGAGCUGCUGGAGCGUGAGCGCCACGAGCUGGCUUUGCAGCUUGCCGCUGCUCGUGAAGCAUCGCCCAACGAGAAUGUUGAUGUCUCGCAGGCUUCAUCGACCGACGACCCCGAGUCGCUCGCAUCGCUUGUUGCCACGCUCAAGUCGCUGCGUGGCCAGCUGCACGUGGAGCGGAAGCAGCGGGCGGCCAAGGAGAAGGCCAUGGCCGUCGCCGCGUCGACCGCGCAGGUUCGUAUUGCCCAGCUCGAGUCCGAGCUGGAGGACGUCAGAACGACAGGCGCGGACACCCGCGCUGCCGCCGCUGCCGCCGACAAGCAGCUCGAAGCACUGAAGCUUCAGCUGGCGACACAGGUGGCCCGUGCCGACAAGGCCGAGUCGGCCGCUGCCGCCCUCCGUAAGAAGCUCCGUGCCGCCGAGUCGCGUGCCAAGGCGCCGUCGCGGAAUGAGGCCGCGGCUGCUGCUGCUUCCGCUGACCUCCGCGAGCGGACACUCCGGGCCGAAGCCACUAUGCUUGAGCUGAACAAGGACAAGGCGACACUGGAAGAGACCAACGCGGAGCUGGUUGCCUCACUCGGCGAGUUGAGGACCAAGCUCAAGACUACUGAGCAAGCUCGCCGCGCUGGCCUCCGUAAGGUCGGCUCGCUGACCAACAAGCUGGACGAAGCAGUCACUGCACGGGCUGAUGUUGAAGCCAAGCUUGCUCACCAUCGCAAGCUUGUCAACACCAUCACGGCCGCCACCCACGAUGCCGAGCAUGAGAUCCGCGCUCUCGAGGCCCAGCACCACGCUGCUGUCGCCACCCUUCAGCACCAGCUCGACUCGGCUCAGACCGCCAUCGACGACCUCGAAAGCCAGCUUCACACGCUGCAGCUCGAGCGGACUGCGACGACUACUGCGUUGCAGGCCAAGGCUGACGCUGCCAUUGCUGAGCUUGGCUCUGAGCGCAAGAUGCGCCGCAGGGCUCAGGCCGAGCUGGAGAAGCUGCGUGCACACCAGCUGGCUGUCAUGGACUCGGCUGCACUCGAGGCUGAGCUGACCCAGACUCAGGGCGCGCUUGCGGCUGCAACCUCUCAGGCCAAGCAGGCGCAGGACCGACUCGCCGUGGCCGAGCGAAACCUCGAAACGGCUCGCGGCCGCGUGUCUGCUGCCCGGGACGAGGCCGAAUCACAGGCUCAUGUUGCGCUCAAGCUGCAAAAGGCACUAGAGCACGUCGAGCGCGAGCGCGAGCAGCUGCAGACUGCAUUGGCCACCGAGCGCGACCGUGCCACAACUGCCGAGGCUGCGGCCGCCGCGCUUGGCGUAGAAGUCGAGCGCGAGCAGGCGCUGGUGGCUAUGGCGUCGUCGCAAGGCGUCGGGGUCAAGACUUCGCUCAUGCACGCCAAGGACGAUGUCGUCGCGCUCCGCAAGCACAACGUUGCUCUUGCGGCGCAGCUCGGCAAGCUCUCGCAGUCAGAGGCCGACGCGACGCGCGAGGUCUACUCGCUCCGUCGGCAGGUUGAGCAGCUUCAGGCCCGGUUAGAGGCCGAGACCGCGACUGCUGAACGCGACCGCGUAUCAGCCGCGACCCAGGCCCACCUGCUUGUGGCGGACUCACAGGCGUCGGUGACGGCGGCGCAGCAGGCUGCCAGCCGGGAGAAGAGCCGCGCUACCGCUGCCGAGGCGCAGCUCGCCGUCUUGCAGGGCCACAUCUCAGCCAUGCAGUCGGGCCACGCCUCACACUUUGACGGGCUCGAAGGCAAGCUCGAGCGGAUGCGGAUCGAGCUCGAAGCCGCAGAGAAUGAGCGUGACGCCGCAUUGGACGAGGCUCGGUCGGCGACCCACGAGGCCAGCGUUGCCAGGAGUCGCAUGGCUCGGAUUCGCGACGAUCUCGAGGCUGCCCGACGCGACGUGGCUCAGCUGAAGGAUGACUUGAUCGACGCACGCACUGCCCGCGACACCUUGACCGAGCGGGCGCAGAUGCUUGCGGCUCAGCUGGAGGCUGCGUCAUCACGCGAGCAGCUUGCUGCCGACCGCAGUGCCGAGCUGGAAGCCCGUAUUGAGGAGAUGGAGGCCGAGCUGCGGCGCGAGCGGGUAGCAGCCGCCGAGGCCCACGGUGCGCUCUCGUCGCUGGCGGCCGAUACGUCGGCGGCGUCGUCGACGCGGGCCGCGCCGGAGGUUUCUGCCGCCGACAUCAACGAGCUGCGAACUGGACUGGCCAAGGCAGAGAUGCGCGCGUCGAUGGCGGAGCGCGACGCAGUCAUGGCCAACCAACGCCGGAACGAGCUGCAGCGACAGAUCGACGAGCUGCGCCCACUCAGCACCAGCACCGAGGAAGAGCUGCGACGCCAGCUCAACUCGGUCAAUCAGAUCCGCGGCGAGCUCGAACAAGCCAACUUUAUUCUCCGUCAGAAGCUCUCAGACACAGUAUCCAAACGCGAGCUGUUUAAGUCGCAGCGCGACGCGGCGCGCUCGCAUCUGCAGGAGCUCUCGCGCACGCCGUCGCAGCGGCUGGUGCCGUCCGCAGCGUCCGCGAGUCACGCAUCCGAGUCUGCGUCGGACGACAGCGCUUCGCUGGCCACUGUAGAAACACGGAGCGUUGAGGCAGGUCGGUCUCAGCUCGACUCGUCCGUGUCUACGGACGAGGUCGAUGCUCGGACCGCUGAUCUACAUCACCACAAGGCACUGUUGCGCCAGCGGACGACCGAGCUGGAAGCGCUGCGUGUCGAGUACACGAGCCGUGUUCAAGUUGACUCGUCCAAGCUCGAAGAUCUGGAGAUGGAGCUCCGCAACGCGCGGGCGACGGUGACCGCCGAGCGGAACCGCAACGCGCAGCUCGAGCAGCAGCUCGCUGACGUGGUGGCGCAGAACAUGCGGCUGCGGCGGCUAGCAUCGGUCGCCGGCACAGGCAUGUCGCUCUCGUCCAUGGAUCUGUCGUCGGUCGAUGCCCUCUCGGACGGCUCGGUGGCGACUGACGAGUUGGACGUGAGUGAUCACGGCGAGUUUGAAGAGACGUAGCACAGCAUUGAACUAGGAGACACGCG